CUUGGAAUCAUUUUCCAUCUGUUAUUGAUAAGAUCUGGUGAGGAAGUGAUAAAGCUUCGAGUAAACUAAUGCUGUUCGUAUUUCCUAGUGUAGAGUCACGUGACAGUCAGCGGUGCCAAAAAUUUGGAAUCAAAAACUUUUUUUAUGAAAUACUCGGAUGACUCUUCAAAUACAACACUAUGGAUAUAGAAUCUCAUGGGACUAAUCCUGCUGAACAUAUCGAAUCAAAAUAUAUCCUCUAUGGUGUAGUUUCAUCAUUCUUGUUUUUCCAAAUAGUUCACAAAAUUGUUGUCUCCUUUGGAAGUCCAUCUGCUGUGAGGGAAAGCGAUCAUUGGAAAUGGAAGAACAUAUUGAUAUCAUGGAUUCACUCUGUCAUAUGUUCACUCUGGAUAACAUACUGCUGCUAUACUCAUCCAAGUAUGUUUGAUGACCUGAUCACCCACAUUGAUAUGGCUAGCUUUCUGCUUGCCACUUUCUCUACAGGUUAUUUCAUCUUUGACCUUAUAGACUACAUACAAAGUGGUCAGGCCCUUAAGGACUGGGAGGUUUGCCUACAUCAUUUGGUGGUGAUUUCAAUUUUCUCGUAUCACAUGGCAGCAAACCAAUGUAUUGGUUAUACCACAUUUGUGUUGAUGGUGGAAUACAACUCCAUCUUUCUGCAUGGGAGGAAACUACUCAAACUUGCCAAAAAGAUCAGCAUCGAUCAUUGGGUAUUUAGAUGUAACUCGGUGUUGAACGUUGUCACAUUUGUAAUAUUCAGAUUUGGUGUUGUAUUGAAAGUCAUGGUUGGAACAUAUAACAGCAAAACUAGAUUUCCAGCUUUGUAUUACUGGUGUCUAGUCAUAUCAGUAUUAAUUAUGACAAUUAUAAAUGUAGUAUUAUUUUGGCGGCUUUUAAAGA